GUAUAAAGUCGCCUUGCAUCCAGAUGACAGCGCCAUCUAUGAGACGUCUGCAGCGCGGAAGGCACAAGAGAAGGAGCGGAUACCUGUCAGCUGAGUGUCUACCUUCAACAUUGCGACAUCGCUCUCUGGUCGAGAAGCCACCGCCACCAAGAUGAUCAACGCUGCAGUGUGCUUGAGCCUCUUUGGCUUACUGGCCCAGGUUGCCGCUCAGAACUUGUGCAACAGAAUGGAUCUUGUAUUCCUUGUGGAUUCUUCAAGCAGCGUACACAACACAAACUUUCAGCUGGUGAAGACACAACUGUCUUCUGUCCUUGACUAUUUUCGCAUCUCAUCUGGAGAAACACGAGUUGGGGUUAUUACAUACGGCACCGAGGUCUUUGAAGUCGUCCCAUUCUCCAGCACAAAAGCAGAUUUGCGGCAAGCAAUAAGCCAGCUAAGCUACCAGAACGGUGGCACCGACACCAACAAAGCCCUCGACAGGGCGGUGCAAAUGUUCCAGCAGUCGAACAGGCAGGACGUGGCGAAGGUCGUUGUGCUCGUCACAGAUGGCAUGAGCACAAACCCCAGUCUCACCCUCGCCUCCGCCUCCAAUGCCAAAAGUCAGGGCGUCCAAAUAUAUGUCAUUGGGGUCGGAGAUAAUGUUAACUCUAACGAACUCAACUCCGUUGCUACGUCUGCAAAUGGAAACUACGUCUUUACGGUUUCGUUAUUCUCUAGUCUGGCCACAAAACUCGUGGAGUUUGCUUCCACCAUGUGUCUCAUAGAAACAACGACUAGAACCACAACUAUGACAACAACGCCGUAUUUGGUCUGUGACAAGCAGCUGGAUGUCAUCUUCGUGCUGGACGGCUCUAGCAGCGUCAGGAACGUCAACUUUCAGAGCGCGGUGUCAUCGCUCAUCAACACUGUGCAGUUCUUCAUGCCGGGUGCCAGCAGAACCCGGAUUGGCGCCAUUACAUACGCCACUGGCAUCUUCCAGUCCCUACCCCUCACCGACGACAGAAGUGUCAUUACGAAGGGUCUGAGUGACCUGACCUAUCCUAACGGCGGCACGGACACGGACAAGGCCAUCCGCGCGGCCACCGCGGAGCUGCUGUCCAAGAAGCAGAGCGGCGUGCCUCAGAUCAUGGUAGUCAUCACGGACGGCCUCAGCACCAACCCGCCGGCCACCCUGCAGGCAGCAGCCGAAGCCAAACAAGCUGGCAUCUCCAUUUACGCUCUUGGUAUCGGCCUCAACGACAACACCGAGUUGCAGGCAAUAUCAUCUGACCAAAACCAAAUGUAUCAUGUGGAAACUUUUCAAAAUCUGACAUCUGCUCUUGCCAGUUCUGUUGUGGAUGUGUGCCGCGCUGUUUCAGCACCGACGUCACCCAUAGUAACAACACCUAUGCCUUUUCCAACCUUUACACCUUCUAAUGGUGUGUGCAACAAAGCCGUGGACAUCGUGGUCUUGAUGGACGCCUCGUCAACUGUGGGCACAGCAAACUUCGAGCUCAUGAAGCUGUAUCUGUUGACCUUCCUCCGUCUGUUCGUCAUCAGCCCUUCCCAGGCUCGCUUUGGUGGCCUUUGCUAUGGCUCCAGGCUCUCGGGAACCUUCGGUCCGUCUGAUACAGAGAGUGCAACCGUCAAUGCUAUCCUGAGACUACCCUACCUUGGGGACAGUGUCAGAUACACAGACACGGCCAUCACUUCUGGUAGCGACCUGCUGUAUACCAACCGUCGUAGUGGGGGCAAAUCUACGCUGGUCAUUCUCACGACUGGUGCCAGCAUCAAUCCUACAAGCACCAUCAGCCGUGUACAAGACGCACUUAAUACAGGAAUCAACGUUUACGCCAUUGGCAUCGGCAGUAACCAGGGUCUAUCCGAACUGACCAGAGUACUGCCUGGCAGCCGACUGCGUUUCGCCAGUUCGUGGGCCUCCCUACCAUCAACACUGAGGGAUGUUGCGAGCGACAUCUGCUCUAAAACGUGUUUUGAGCGCGUGUCCGACAAAAGCCAGGCGCCACAACUAAUUGCCUUAUUCCACGACGACAAUUAACGAGCUGUCCAUUUUAUAUGCAACCAUUCUGUCACAAAUAGAUUGAACAUGCGCUGGAUUUCAAAGAAUGUUUGGUGAAUCCUUUCUUGUUUCAUCUCUUUACAACAAUGUGCAGCCAAAUAUGGACGGUUAGAUACCUGCUGGGAAAAUAAAUUAUAAAUGGCGAGUUUAUCCUUCUUCGGAAAUGUAGUCUCAUGUUUACUUUAUGGCACUGGCUCUUGUGCUAAUAAGCUUGGUCAACUUCUAAAACUGGCAUGACUAGGGAAAUAAAGUGUGUUUACAGGGAUAGCAUGAGUUGUAGGUCAUAGGUCAGGUGUCCACGUUUUUCUUCUGACGUUUGUCUUGGGGAGAUCUCAUUGUCCUUCAGUUCAGAGCAAAGAUAACGCCAUCAGUGCAGGAGUGGUCUGGACAAAGAAAAAUGGUUUUGGUAUAUCGCAG